AUGAUCGCCUUCCUCUCCUCUCUUCUUGAAAGGGUAGCUGAGUCAAAUGAUCACAACCAACAGCACCAAAAGAUCUCAGUGUUCCAUGGCUUGACAAGGCCAAACAUCUCAAUUCAGAGCUACCUUGAGAGAAUCUUCAAGUACGCCAACUGCAGCCCCUCGUGCUUCGUCGUCGCCUACGUCUACCUCGACCGAUUCACUCAGAGACAACCCUCCCUUCCCAUCAACACCUUCAACGUGCACCGUUUGCUGAUCACUAGUGUCAUGGUAGCUGCCAAGUUCGUGGAUGACAUGUAA